GCUGGCGGUGGUGGUAAUAAAAUGAAUGAAAAAUAUCAAAAUGAAUCUUAAAGAUACAUUUUAUUAUUUUAUAAGUUCAUUCGAUUAUAUCGUUGAUCAGGGUUGUUUAGAAUAUUUCUUCAGCCAGUCAGUGAGUACGCCGGCUCAAUUAGACCGUCAAACAUUGUCAACACGGUCGCGUGUGUUUUUUAAGAAUAUUUAGCAGCCAGAUCUAAAACUACGUUUCUUGUUUUUUUUUUUUACAAAUUAGGUACAAAAACAAGAGUUAUCGUGUGUCUUUAAGAAAAUUAUUAAAAAAAAAAAAACAAUAUUUAAUAUUUUGACAUGAUCGUCAGUUUGCAUGGGUUUUCAAAUGUAAAAAAAUAAAAAAUUUGGAAAUAUACGUUAGUGCGAAAAUAUUGAUUGUGAUAAAAAAUUGAAAUUCUUGCUGAUGUUUACUAAAAAUGUUUUCAAAAAUAUUUUAUUAGCAAGAAAAAAGUGCGCUGAAAAAAGUCCUUCAAAAAAAGUCCUGAUAAGUUUUGAAUUCAACAAGUGUUAAUGUUUUUUUUUUUUCUUAUUGUCAGUGAAAUUCUACUGAAUAAAUGGAACACAUCAUAAUAAUACAAAAAACAAGCAACUUUAAACGCAGUUAGUUAAAAAAGUUCCGCUCAAGAAAAACAUGAACGCUGAAUCCUCCAAAAGCGAACAACACGAUCAUGAAAUUUCUCAACACAAGUCAUUUCCUCCUCGUCAUUGUCAACAAAUUGAUAAUAAUUCAUCAACAAAUACUAACUUCAAUGAUCAACAACAAAAAGAUCAAGAACAUAUUGCCAUCAGUGAUCAACAAGCAAAUAGUGAAACAUCAUCAAUCGAUUCCUUCACCACCACCACGCACAAAAACUCAACAAAUUCAGGACGAAAUAAAAGGAAAAAUUUCAAUCCUCGUCCAACAACCGCACUCGAUAUCGAUUCGACGACGACGAUUAUGGAUUCAUCAUUAACAACAAGUGUUCUAGUUGGAUCUGGAGGAAACAACAUUAGUGAAUCAUCAUCAACAAAGGCGACAUCAUCAUCAACAUCUAAUAUUCAUCAUCAUUCUUUUGCACCGUCAUCGGUGGCGGUUGCGGAUAGAGGCUUUUUCUCAGCACAAUCAUUAGAUAAAAAUGCAGCCGUUUCCCAGCUUACACAAUAUUAUCCUUGGUUGCAAAUGUUCAAUCAUUAUGAACAAUUAGUUAAAGCGGUAGGACUUAAGACUAAUCAACAUCAUCAACACUUUCAACAAGCUUCUGGGAAUGAUGGUCGAGAAGUUGGUCCUGAAAUGUCUGAAUGGGUUGGUAAAUAUGGAAGUCGUAAUAGUUCUUCUGAAGCAGCUUCAGCAAUUCGUGAUAUUUUAAAAGCUUACCAAGGAAUACCCCAUUGGAAUGCGUUGCAUCAUCAACAUCAGGAUGGAGGUCAUAGUGUAAACUUAUCAACAGAAACAGAACCACCUACACCACCAACAACUCCUCAAACAACAUGUCAUUCCAGUUUGCGACCUACUAUUUUAGCAAAUGGCAGCACAGGUCCAUCGUCUCCAUAUCAUCAUCAUUCACCUGACCGUUCAAAAAUAAAAGAAGAAUUUAAAAAUGCAUUGUCAACACCAUCAUCACCACAGCCAAAUUUAGACAGAAAAAGAAAUUGUUCCGAAAGUAAUCUUAAUUGGAACAAGGAGGAUUCGGAGCAACAAACAUCGAGUAACAAAGAUUACGAAGAAACUGACGAUGUUAAAUAUCAUGAACAACUUCCAAUUACUCAACACUGUCAUGAUGAAGGCUCGAAGGAUGCAGCAGAGAAGUCGAGACAACAACAAAAUCAAAAUAUCUAUCAAUGGUGUGAGGAUUUACAACAAAUCGACAACAAUAAAGUCAUAAAAAGUGAAUGCGAUGAUACUGAAACGAUUGUUGAUGACUGCGGCGAUAGUUGUUAUGUUGAAAAUAAUAUUUACGAUGAGGAAGAUUAUCCACCUCAUUCGCCAAAUGAUUUUCCCGAUUCAACAAACGAUGAUGAUGAGGAAGAUGAUGAUGACGACGAAGAUGAUGAUAAUUAUAGUUUGAAUAUGUUUUGCGAUGAUGAUCAAUCGGAAGCAGAACGACAUCGUCAGCAAAAUCAUUUUCAAGUUGGAGUAAAUUGCAGUUCUGAUAGUGAUCAUCAGCGAAAUGCAAUUCCUACUACGCCUGUUGAUAUUGGUGAUCCUGAUGAUAAUACAAAUUUGACAAAUGUUGAAAAGGACAGCAGCACUUGCAGUAAUAGUUCAUCAAGAAUAUCUGUAAGGAAUUUGGGAGGAUUUUAUGAGGAACAAGGCCAAGUGAAUUUGAAUCCAUUACCAAAACCGCUGCAUGGCAGCGAUGAAAAAACUAUGCACCCUGAUUUCGUUCAAAAUAUGAACAAAUUCACAUCCCACCUCGAUUGUUUAAACGAAAUGUGUCGUUUGGAGAAUCUCCGUGAACACUACCAUUGCCACGAUUAUCCGUGUUUCGGUAAGGUCCUAUCAAAAAAAGAAGAAGUCAUUAGGCAUGUCAAAUGGCAUCGCAAACGAAUGGAAAGCUUAAAUCAUGGUUUUAUGCGUUUUUCAUCAUCUGACGAUUGCAGUGCGACAUUUGGUGUUAAUUGUCAACAUAAUCGCAAACAAACACAUUAUCAUUGCUUUCAACCAAAUUGUGAUCGAGUUUAUAUCAGCACGAGUGAUGUUCAAAUGCAUUCAAAUUUCCAUCGCAAGGAUUCAGCUAUUCACAAAGAAGGCUUCCAACGUUUUCGAGCAAAUGAAACAUGUAACGCAGAAUAUUGUAUGUUUUCGGGCCAAAAAACAACGCACUUUCACUGCCGGCGAGAUAAUUGUCGCUACACCUUCAAAAACAAAGCUGAUAUGGAAAAACAUAAAACCUAUCACAUCAAAGAUCUUAAACUGGCCAGAGAUGGUUUUAAAAAAUUUCUCAAAAAUGAAGCUUGUCCCUAUAAGCAAUGUAAAUUUUCAAAAGUCUGCAAUCACAUACACUGCGCCCGCAAGAACUGCUUUUAUGUCCUACAUUCGAGUGGCCAGCUUUUGAGCCAUAAGCGCAAACAUGAAAGAAUAGACAACGAACAAACUUAUUGCCGUUACAAAAUGCUAGCUGUUAAAGCAGCUCUAAUGGGAAAUUCCAGUGUUACUGCGGCUUCAUCAGCUACUACAGAUUCAACAGAAACGCCUGCAUUUAAUUUUAGCAAAUCAUUAAUGCAACUGAAUGAUCAUGAAUUGUUGAGCUCAUUUAACCCAGCUUCUAGAUCAAGCUUGGAAGUUCCAAGUUUGCUACCAAAGCCAGAACGAACUUUCCAUCAAAACGCAGACAAUGAGGUUCCCCCUGAGGCGUCCCCAUCAUCAAUUAUGUCGAUGGAAUUUUUGCAGCAAAUGGAAAAGAGGCACGAAGAGAUUCUAAAUCAAAAAAUACACCGUAAAACGGAAGUUUCAAAUAAAAUCAGCAGCGAUACUCAAGCUAUCAAAAAAUCAAACAGUCCUAAUCAAUAUAACACAGUGCAUGAAUCGAACUUGCUACAUUUGACACCAUCUGUUAUUCAACAGUUUUUCACCUCAGAAUGUCCGAGUUUGAGGAAAAAGAAAUUGCAGGAAAAGGACGAUCAUCCAACAGAAGAUUUGAAUUUAGACUGCCCUUGGCAGGAACAUCCCGAAUCACAUUUGCAUUGUGUACUUAAAGAUUGUGGAGCUGUGACACCAAAUAAUAUUGCAGACAUAUCUGCACACAUUCGCAUGCACGGAUACAAUCGUGAAAUGUAUGCAACACCAAAUGCUGCAUCACCAAAUCCAUUGACAGCAAGCUCCAGCAAUCCGAUGCAAAUAACAACAAUAGAUGGAUUUUUUAAUCGAAAACGUGGUCGCCCACCAAAAAAUCGUUUUGUCGAAGUUUAUAAAAAUGCACAACAAUCUCCCCAGGCUAUAUUCACAAGUUUUAAACUAGAAAAACAGACUUCUAGCAAAGAGAGCCCUGAUGCUGCACAUCAGCAACUUUGUAUUGAUACUUCCACCUCCUCCAUAAUUGAUCUGCAGCAAAAGCAUAAAGAUGAAUCUGUGGUGUUGAACCAAAGUUCAUCUGUUGCAUUAUUUGCUCCACGAAACAUCAAUUCACAAUUUGUGAUUUACAAUCAAAACGAAAGUUGUAGUGUUGCAUCAGGGGCUCAAUUGUGCUCUCUGGCUAUGCAGCAACAUUAUCAUUGUACUUGUUUACCAGAUUGUACUUUUGUCACCAAGGAAAGGGAUUUGUUAAGCGUGCAUCUUGAACGGCAGCAUACUGCAAUUUCGUUUGCUGAUACAAUAAGCAAAAAGUUCAAACGUUUCGACCGCAACAUUGGGCUUGAUUGUGGUAUUUUUGAGUGCAAAUUAAGAAGGACUCGUCCUCACCUUCAUUGUCGUCAAUGCUUCAGGCAAAUAUCACCAUUUGAUCUAGAAUCGCAUGUUUGUGAAUCAACUGACGAACGACCAUCAUUGUCAAACUCACCAACAAAAAAACUACUUCCAUCAUCAAUCGGUGGUAGUCCAACCAAAUACAUAUCAAGAAACGAACAACAGGAUCCCUCAUCCCCUUCCCCGUCCCCAGUUGGAAAUAAAAAUUCUGCCAGGGAUUAUUCACAUUUGCCGUCGGUAACAUUUUCAACUCUAAACGAACUCAGACGAAAAGUUUCUGAAAUGGAACCUGAAGGCAUGAAUAGUUCAGCAGGACCUAAACGAAAUCAUGAAGACGAAAAAGUCUUGGUUGUUCGCGCAGCUGGUACUUACUUCCCUGAAAACACAAGUGACCUUAGCAAUACUCCGUCACCAGCUCAACAGCAUAGACAGACGACAGCAGGAACAAGUGAAAGCCUACAAAGCCCGCCUGCUGCAAUUCCAUCGAAUUCAGCUUAUUGUUCGACACCCUAUUGCAAACAAAAACGCCGACCGCACGAUCAUUGCGAUACCUGCGAUCAGGCUUUUGUAGAUCCGAUCAAGUGGAGAGCUCAUCGACUUAAGCACUUGCAGGCUACAAACCAACCGAUACCAUUCCAUAUGUCUCAUUUCAUCGAACCGGAAGAAUCGAUACCCCCAAGCUACCCUAAAUUGCCAAUCAGCUAUGAUGAUCAACCUCAAGACCUGAGUGUAUCGCCAAAUACAACAACGCUGGACGAACGAUUGAAAUUUAGCAAAGAAUCUUUUCCUGGUUCGCCACCAGCAACGAUACCACCACUGCUGAGCCAAACAUCAUCGGCAGCGGGAAAUUUUCUAAAUUACUUUCCCCAAAACCUUAUGUCCAGCUUGUCAUUACAAAAUUUCCACUUGACUCAGCUGGCGACUCUGUAUCAACAGAAUCCCUACUACUAUCAACAUUUGCAUCCAUUUUUGAGCAAUACGAUGAAUCCCGCCAGUCGGUAUCAGCAGCAAAAUCGGCCAACAGCUCAACCAUAUCGCAUUCCAGGCAGCAAAGACAAGUCAGAAAGUCAUAAUCAAACUUCAACAGAAAGUCUUAGUUGUCAGCCAGCAUCUGUGAUCCCAGCUCUGCAUCCUAGCUCUUCCAACCAUUUUCCAUUUCUUAAUCCACUAUUAAUGGUUCAAUCGCCCUUCGAACGUUCACAAUCAAAACCGCCAACAAUAUCAACUGGAGGGCCAUCUCCAUCGACAUUUGAAACUGCCGCCGCCAAAUCGCAAAAGAGAAAAUUAUCUAAUGGCAAUGAAGAAUUCAGCACCUUGAUCGAUGUUUUAUCGCCAUCGACAAAGAAACAAGUACAAUUUGCUGCAGGAUUGGCUGCAGCAGCAGCAGCUGCUGCUGUUGCCGCCAAUAACACAAGUCCUAUUAAUCAGCGUGGAGGAUCACCGUCAUCGGCGGCGGUGGCGGCAUCAACGCGAACCACUCUCGAUCACCAACAACAUGGCCAUGGUCAACAUUUUAAGAUCAGAGACGAACAAAUUCCAAAUGGCUAUUUGAAGUUCCGAUUUAACGAGGAUUGUUUCUUCCCAAAGUGUGGCUAUCGCAAUCACCAGUCACAUUUUCAUUGUGAUCGAAACGACUGUCAUUAUAGUUUCUGUGAUAAGACACGCUUUGUUCAACAUACAGCGAGACAUGAACGUUUGGAUAAGUUGAUGGGCAAUGAUUUUCGCCAAUAUCGCGCCAAUAUGAGUUGUGGCUAUGAAAAUUGUCCCUAUUACAAGAAUUUAGGAUCGGCAAACAAAUCAUCACAUUUCCAUUGCCUUAAAUGCGACUUCAUAUGCUCGGAUACGAAUAAAGUUGUAGCCCACAGACGACAACAUAACAAAAUGGAAUACAUUCGUAUGGCGGGCUUUCGAAAAGUCACUAAUAGCGAAAAAUGUAAUUCGACAUUUGAAGCAACAAUACCCACCAAUGGCAAUGAAUUACCCGGCACUGUCGAAUGCAGUUACAGUCAAAAACAAACUCACUAUCAUUGUUUGGUUUGUGAUGUUAGUGUGCUGUCCAGGGCACAGCUUGGUUCGCAUAAACACAAAACAUAGAAUUUCCUCAGCAAAAAGGACCAAAAUUAUUUUUUUUUUUAUUAUUUUUAUUUGUUAGUAGUGUUAUAAUAAUUGUGAAUAUAGUUUUUUAAUUUGUAGUUUAAAAUAAAUAGUAGUUAAGGUUUUGCCUGGAAAAAAGUGGUGUAACCGCAGUUAAAUAUUUUCAAAAUAAAAUCGAAAAUAGAAUUAAUUUUCCAAGUUAAUUGUUGCUUUAUUUAUGUACAAAAUGAUUCUUUUCUUUUAGAAAUAAUUUAUUUUCUUUUUUAAAUUUUAGUAUGUAUAAUGGAAAAUUCAUUAAGCAAAAAUGAAUCUGUAAAUAAAAAAAAAUAAAUAUAUAAAUCUUGUUCGA